AUGGCGUCGCAUCGCCGUGGCUUGGGAUGUUUGGGCCCUUUGGCCGGCUGGCUUGGCUUGGCCGCUCUAGCCUGGGCCACGCGAAGUCUUACCUUCACUCUCUCUGGGACCUUUCGGCCGGUCCAGUGCCCAAGACACGGAGACGUGGCGCGCCACGCAGAGGAUCCCUUCGCACAGCGCGGCGGCAUCUCUGCAGCGGACCUCAGAGACCGAAGGCCGGAGGAGGAGAGCUUCGUGCAGUAUCGGGAGCCCAGGAGGUCCGGCCAAAGGCCCGGCUUCAAAGAAAGCAGCGCGCUCAGCCGGGGAGGUCCCAGGAGGACCUUUAAGGCAAGAGCGGAAGAGGAGGAGGAACCUGCUAAUCUGACAAAGGAGGAGAGGGAACAAAGAUUCAGAGAGCAGAUUAAGAGCCCAGUGACUCUGACGACUUUCAUCAAGCGGACUGGAAGUCCGGAGGAGUUCAUGUGGGUGAUGUGGACGGCCAUGGACGAGACGAUGCUGAAUCACAUUCACCUGGUUGCUGCCUUUACCAAGUUGGCGGCCUUGAAAAAGAAGGCGGCGCCCUUCAGCGACCGGAUCCGAAAGAGCCCCACGCUCGUGGAGAUGGCCAAGCAAGCGGCUCGGGUGGCGGACCGAAGGGAGUUCCGGCCACGC